AUGCCGCGGUCGAAUUGGACUUCCAAUCCGACACAUACAUUCCUACGGACACCAGGCCGCAGCGGAGAAUUUUACAUCAACGCAGCAAGCGCCGAAAGAAUGGUCAUAAGCCAAUCCUACCGUUACCUUGGAAUUCGUACCUCAUCACCAGGACAGGCAUCCUACCGAAGUGCUGCAGAAGGUGAGAGGGACCCAAUCCUGGUGCUGGAAGUGGCCUUGGCACCUUUGCUGCGAGAUGUAAGUUUGCUGGCAACUCGAGAAUACGCAAGGUCAAAGAAGCGGCCGCUUGUGGAGUUCGCCCUAGGCGUUAUCUUGAAGUCUUACUCAGACAACACGACCAUCUUCCGAACGCUAAGGAAGGCUGAUAUAAAUGGCUUGACAUCCAGAGACUGGAUAGCUAUUCAUUGGCUUGCCGACCUGUGUUUCACCCCAACUUUUCCGGGAACAAGCCUGGAACCGUUUAUCUUCCACUGCUGCGUACACGGGCAAACGGAGGCUUUGAAGGCUUUGCAAUCACUAAAAAAUGAACAUUCAGAAAAGUCCAACACAAGAUCCAUGGCAAGUGGAAGAGACAACGAAAUUAUUUUCGGCGCCGUGGAAGCUUUCUUGAGAGUUCGAGAGAAACACGACACUUAUGUUAAAAUACGCCAGUACUCAUGUCGCAUCAAACGCGUCGAGAGUUUCGCAAGAAAGCCGUCACAUAACUCCGAGGGGCUCGCUGGCUGUAGUGAGAUCAACAAAGCGUUUCAGGAAGUGUUCCUUUGGAUGAAAUCAAAUCUAGCAACUGAAUUUGAGAGUGGAGCGGAUGCAUUCAAGCAAGAAAGGCUGCUGAAAUUCGUUCAGCCGGAGGCGGAAAAGGAUAUAGGAGCCGCGGAAAUGAAAAGAGGUUCUCGACUAUUGGCUGUCAAGAGGCAGGUCCGUGUAAGCGACAUGGUCUCGAGCAUGUCACAACAACCCAGAUUGUUGAAUGAGAUGAAUUGCAAGAAGCAUAUCAAGCCAAAUAAUCAUGGGACCUACACUAUUUGGCUACUGUUACACUCGCCAGAUGAAGCUCAGAUCACUCUUCCCGCUCUCAAUCAAGUCCUAGGAGGCUUCCCCGCCUUGUGA